GAUUAUUUCAGUAUCGCCAUCUUGUUAAAAGUAUUAGACGGCGAACGGAUAUUAUUUAGAGAAUUAAUAUAUGAACGCGAUCGUUGUAUUGUUUUAAGAUUUGUUAUCUUUCCCCUAGACCCACGCACUUUAGUUUUCUUUUGUUUUUCAAUUCAAAAUCCGAAAAUGACUGGUGUUGAAAUGCAAAUAGCCGUGGUAUGUUCCAGUAAUCAAAAUCGCAGUAUGGAAGCUCAUAGUUUUCUUGGUAAGAAAGGCUUCAGAGUUCGGUCAUUUGGAACAGGAAAUCAAGUGAAGCUGCCCGGUCCCUCCCCCGACAAACCGAACAUUUACGACUUCAACUGCACGUAUGACGAAAUGUACAAGGAUCUCAUACAGAAAGACAGUGAUCUAUACACACAGAACGGAAUUCUCCACAUGUUGGAUCGGAAUCGACGGAUCAAGCCGAAACCGGAGCGCUUCCAGUCGUGUAAAGACAAGUUCGACAUCGUGAUAACGUGCGAGGAGAGGGUGUACGACCAGGUUGUUGACGACUUGGAGAACCGCGAGAAGGACGACGCCCAAGCGACUCACAUCAUCAACAUCGACAUCCAGGACAACCACGAGGAGGCAACCAUCGGCGCGUUCCUCAUAUGUGAGCUGGUCACACUGCUGUACACAUCAGACGACAUUGACAAUGACAUAGACGAGAUUCUACAAGAGUUCGAGGCGAAAAUCAAUAGAACUAUUUUACACACGGCAACCUUCUACUGACCCAACAGCUCUCAACCGAUUCCAGCGCGUGUGUGAUUCCUUGUCCUUGUCUUGAUGCAGGUCCACAUUAAGACGCAGAUUGCUUGUUUCCGUAAUCCGUAUACGUAAUCCUAAUCGUAAUCCACAAUGCAUAGAGUGAUCGGAUACGCACACAAGUACGGACGACGUAUAAAUGGAAUCUAAUCAACACAUUUGUAUAGAAAGUGACUGAUGCGGAUUACGCAUUACGCAUUACGGAUUACGUAUACGUAUUCGCAUGCGACUUACGGACAAAAUGGAAUUUGCGCCCAAUGUUGCCUGUGUUGUUUGCAAGAGAAUCUUUGUUAUACGUUGAUAGUGAAAUCGGAUUUUGUGCAUCUCGGUGUUCUCAAGUCAAAUCAUUGUCGCUGAUAUUGGCUUGGUUUAUAGCUACCAGUGAUGUAACACACUGGUUAACGACCAUGUAUGGGUGUUCGUUGUCAUGGAUAUGCAGCUGAAACCUCAACCUCCACAGAGGUUCACAUUGAGGGUCCCUAGUUCGAUCCCCUUUGGUGGAGGUUCAGUAAUUUAUUAGAAACAUAAUAUUUGACAUUAAUCCUGUUAAGGAAAUCGGCUACUGUUUAACCUUAGAUUCUUUGUGGGACGAUUCAGUGGUUAAAGCUCAAAGGUAUCACACAAACUGGCUACACCCAUUCGUCAAGACGCAGCACCUUAUAGAAGUCUGCAAUGGACCCAAGCGAAGAGCAGGGGCAUUUGCCUCCUCCCCCCACCACCCUCUCCCCGAAUUUAAAACCCGUAUGUUGCUGUGCCUUGAUUCGGUUCUUUUUUUUCUUCUUCAUUUUGUUUUCCUUUUCUUUCCUUUUUUUAUAUUUACCAAACCACCCCGUGUCCCUGUUAAUUUAGGCUAAGUAAAGGCCCUGGAAUCAUGACAGUUAAUGGUCAUAGGCACUUAAAGCUUUAAUCAGUACCGAGUUAGUCUUCCAGAGAGUGGGCACUUGUCGUCUUACCGUGUACAUAUUAAACUGUCAGAUAGCGCUCACCCUCCUGAACACAUUGUAUUUGCUAAUGUAUUACAAGACACGCGCACGCACGUACGUACGUAUGUAUGCUCACACAGACACGAUGUUGCCAGGCGCGGAUCCAGGAUUUUUUUAAUAGAGGGGGACCAAAACACGUGAUAAAUAGAAUUAAAAGGUCGUUGGCAUGUGGACGGGAUAAGUGCAUUUUUUUAUUAUUAUUAUUAUUAUUAUUUUUUUUUUUUUUUUUUUAUUUUUGUAUGUGUGUGUGUGUGUAUUCUCUAAUAUGUAUUGCUUGACAAAACAUAGGAAGGGUCCACGCUCUUUGGGCACCCGCGUGAAUCCGCGCCUGGUUGCGAAUACAGCUGAAAGGGAUUUAAAUUUUAAUCCGAAGGGAAUCAUGAGGUUUCACAGUUGCCAAAAAGGGGCGAUAACAAACUGUAAACCGAGGCUGUGCUGAAAACGAGUCUGUUGUACCAGUGUAUCGUCCAGUAAAGAAGUUGGUUGUUUGGUGCCAGCACAAAACCCCAACAGACAAAACCCCAACAGACAAAACCCCAACAAAUAAAACCCCGCCUGUCAAAACCAUAUACUGUUAUUUCAAAUGUGGACAAAAUCCAAAGCACUUUUAUAUGGAACGUAUUAUAAAAUUAGUCUGGAAGUGGCUGUCCAAAGCACUUUUAUAUGGAACGUAUUAUAAAAUUAGUCUGGAAGUGGCUGUCCUCUUUAUGGCGGUGCAAGAAGGAUGUAUUGUCCAGUAAAUGAUCUCCUUAUAUAGUCACUGUUAUGAUGGAGAUAUUGUAUUAUGUUAUCACAGCUGUACUUAAUCCAUUGAGCUGUCCGGUGCUAGGUUUGGUUUAGUAAACUAGUCUGGGAGUGGCAGUCCUCUCUUGGCGGUACAGGUGGGAUGAAAUCUCCGUUAAAGGGUCUCCUACGAAGUGGCUGUCUUAGACGAGGCACCAAAUAAAUUCAUGGAAUCGGUCACUAUUUUUUUUUUUUUUUUAAUAUCCAUUCAAUUGUGGAGAGAUACGGUCUUUGUGUAUAAUGGUUUUGUCCUGCAUAUUUAUCAUGCAGAUACCAACACCUAGGAUUCUUGAACAGUCUCGUGUUCUUGUACCGUUCAUUGUGCAUGUUCUUCGUGGGGUAACUGAACGCCAGUGGAGAACGGCGGCAUCGCUUAUGGUGAGGUUCACUGAUCGGUGACUGUUCUUAUAAAACGUUUAGUCUAGACUUCGUCUCUAAUGACGUCACACGCAUGCAAUUUGUAUUGCGUUGUCAUGAUGAUAGAGUCUAGAGUCGAGACUGGAACAGUUAUAUAAGAACGGGGCCUGGACUGGUAGCAUACAAUUCGCCAGGUACUAGGUUGUACUUGCAAGUCCAAUGGGUAUUAUUUGAAAUGGGAAGUUUACUUAUGAUAAACCAGUUUAUGAGUCAUACUAUUAUAAGCCGUCUUGGGGUUUUUAUUUAUCUACAUUUGAGAUAAGCGGUAGGGCUUUUGUCUGUUGGAGGUCAUUGGGGUUUGUUUCUGGAGUUUCCAGGAAAACAUGUCGGCCUUUUAAAUAUUAAAAUACUCUCACAAGCGGCGUCUAGAGGGACUGAGACUUCGUCACGUGUUUGUUGACUCGUCUGUAUAUAGUAUAUAUUUUACUACUGCCUGGAAUUUGUAGUGGUUGUGGCUUCGUGUGUUUGCGAGAAAGGUAUUUGUUGCUACCUUGGGUUUGUAAUGAUUGUGGCUUCGUGUGUUUGUGAGAAAGGUGUUUGUCGCUAGCUUGGAUUUGUAGUGAUUGUGGCUUCGUGUGUUUGUGAGGAAAAUAUUUGUUUGUCGCGAGCAUAAGGUAGAUGUAUAUACAGUUUGUAAAUAAUGUACAGAAUAUUUGAGGGGGGGGGGGGGGGGGAGCUUCGAAAAAACAAGAUACGUGAUUUAAAAUACAUGUGUUACUCAAACAACACAGACGUGAUUUUUUAGGCCACACGCACACACAUAACACAUGACCGCACGCACAUACAAUAUUACGAAGUGAUCGAGCAAAUCGGUUAACUACUAAACAUUCACUUCAGGAUUUUGUUCUCCCCUAAAGAAAUGUUUUUCAGUGUCGUACCUAUUGCUAUAUAGAUGGGGUGCAAUAAAGAGGGGCGUAACUGCCAACAUUUGGUACUUGGCCCAGGUUUUUGCUUAUCUUAAUAUACAAUGGGGUUGUAUUCUCCAAGAGAAAUGAAAUAUGGAUAUUUUACUUGGCACGAUGGAAGUAAUAUAGGGUGGGAUGUGGGGUGGGUGGGUGGUGUGAAUCUUUAAAAUAGGAACAUCUGAAGCCACCGACUAGUACACUGUAGUGUAAAAUACGUUCUGGUGAAAUAGAAACUACGUACUGUGGUAGGCUAACUAAUCUUCUUUUUUUUUUUUUUUUUAAUUAACAUUUUUGUGAUGAAAAUUUCAGUAUAUCUUGUUAAUAAACUGUAUUGGUGGUAGACUGAUGUGAGAACUGCAAACUUAAACAAAAUAUCGAUAAUAAAAAUAUU